UUGCAGCUUUAAAGCACGUUACUUGGAUUAUUCUUCAAGUAUAUUAUUUUUCCCGAUCGCACAUACAAAGAACCAAUCAGACUAUAUCAUUUCAAAGACUCGUCUCUUUUACGCCUAAUUGCAGGAUAGAUUUCAUCCCCAGCGGAGAUCAGAAAGGUCUAAACAUUUUAACUAAGAUUAUUGGAAUAAAUAUUUCAUAAAGACGAGAGCACAUAUUAAAUUACACCUAUUGAUUUAGGAAGCAGGGCGCAGUUGCACUUCAUAAUUGGUGCGUUAAGGAGGCGCUGGCUGAGCGGGUUUCACGCGGAAACGAGGCGGAGAUAACGGGGGCUUCUUUUUGUGCCCCGUCCUCAUGGUUUUCUAGUUCUUGGGGUGACCACUCACGUGCUUUGGGCCACUCACGCGGCGAUGGAUUCCCGGCCGGCAGGCGGCGCCCUCGUCACAGUCGCGCUCGCUUUUGCGCGAGAGCGAUCGAUCAGUCGGGCAGGCGACACCCAAAGAGACCCCCUCGCAGAGUAAACACAAUUAUGUAAAUUAGGCCAUUAGAGGAAAAAAAGAGAGGCGCUAAUCUAUUUUCAAAAGCGAGCCGGUCUGGCGCUGUAAGGAAGUCAAGUGUGAAAGCAAGCAGGGAUUAGCGCAGUUUGGCAUCCCGGGAAGAGCAAGCCGUCAUUUGGUUUAUCUAAGUGGGCAUGUUUAUUUUGGAUAAUCCUAAUGCGAAGAUCUUGAAUGAAUUCAGCGCGAACAUGAGCGGUCAAACGUGGUCACUGGCCAAGAAGAGCUCUUCUCGGCGACAGUGGCGCGCGCGAUCGAGCCACCUUAAGAGCUGGUCCCGCCUCCGGAGGCGAAUGCAUAUCUCUGAUUGGUGAGAAUCUAAUGGCUGAAAUUGAUUGCCGAAAUGCAAAACUUGUUGCUGAUCUCAGAGAGAGAGAGAGAGAGAGCGCGAGUGAGCGAGGCCCCCCGAGCUCACACACUCCAUUCCUCCUCAGAAAGAGUCAAGAGGGGGAAAGAGCAAACGGAAGAGAAGCGCGGAAUACGAGAGUGCUGCCUGAACGCGUGAUGUGAGCCAGUGUCGCUCCGGAAUGGCCAUCUAAGUCGUCUGUCCCUCCGCUGGCGUUUCACAGGGGCUUUUCUGUUUCUUUUGUUCUAUUUUCUUUUCUUUUUUGGUGGUGAUUACUGGAUCAACAGAAGCAGAGCCGAUACCAUAGACUACAGCAUAGCAUUGCACGCAUGAGCUGGACGAUGGACACCUCGAGCACCGCGUUCACAUAAGAGCAGAAGCGCUGAUCUCACCGCUCAUUCGGAAUACUAAAGUUGAUUUUUUGACCUUCUGGGCAUUUGGGCAUCCAGCAGGCACAAGGGAAGCUACUCGGGACAAUUUUGCAGAGAGCGCGUGACAGCACGGAGCCCCUCAACUUUACCGAGCUCGGCUCCGCAUCGGACCGCGGCGACUCCUUCACUUUCCAUAUGGGAAUUUAAAACUGGCCUCGGAUAUCUGAGCUCCUCGAUCUGCAGCUUUGUGCUUUUUUUUUUUUUGCUUUUUUUUUCCUUGUGGCAUUCUCUGGGAUUUGCACCUCUUACGGACCCUCAACUCAUCCCCAUCGGACGAACCCUUUACCCCGGGCUGGCAACUUUUAAAUCCGGCGCCGCACUAUGUGAGCGGCAUGGUGAGUCGGCUACAAGAGUUUUGCGUGUGGGAUUUUUAAGGGCGCAUUUCGGGACACACGGACAGGACAGGACAGAACGAGUGCCGGCGGCUGUCAUGCGGUGUUGAUGGUGGCCGAGGAUGUUUGGGCUGGAGCAGUUUGAGCCUCAGAUCGGCAGCCGGAACGUCGCACAGGGGGAACGCAGCUUUAGCCAGCCAGGACUGAACAUGAGCGCUCACUACAAGAGCCCGGCUUUCCACCCCGCCGGCCCUUCCGUGGCAGCCGUGGAGGCGGGCAUGGGCGGCCUGAACGAGCCCCCGAUGUUGGGACUCGGCAUGAACCUCAACGGAGAUCAGUACUCCUUUCACGCCCGGGGCCACUCGGACAUGCACACUGGUGGACUACAGCAGCCCCCGCCGCCGCAGCAGCAGCCGCCGCCAAUGCACGGCUUCUUCAACGGUCAGCAGCCUCACCACGGGCAUCAGCACGGCCACCACCCGCAUGCCCACCAGCACCACCCGCACUUCGGCGGCUCCUUCAACGGCGCCGAUUCCGGGGGCACGUCCUGCCUGCACGGGGGUCGCCUGAUGGGCUACAAUAACGGAGGCCUGGGGCCCCAGCAGAACUUUGCAGAAGGCUUUGAGCCCAUGGCUGACAACCCAGGGGCUGGUGAAGGCUUUGGGCAGCCUAGGCCUAACAACAUGUCCGAGUUCCAGCAUCACAACCCCCAAGCCAGCGGGCACAGUGUGCCGGCUCCGUGCCUCCCACUGGACCAGUCGCCAAACCGGGCCGCCUCCUUCCACGGGCUUCCUUCUAAUUCGUCCUCGGAGGCCCAUGGCCUGGAACAGAGGAGGAUGCCAGCCCAAGCUGGCGUGGACUCGUUGGAAUACAGUUACCCUGCUGACAACCCCUCUGGGCAUUUUGACAUGCCCGUGUUUUCCCCGUCAGAUUCGGAUACCCAGCUCCCUCACUAUGGUGCCGGCAGGCAGGUGCCUAGCAACUUUUCUGGCAGCCCGGUUAUGCCAAGGGCCCCGGGCAUGGCAGGCAUCUCUAAAGUCCACACUCCGCAGCACGGCAUGUUCUUCGAACGGUAUGGAAACGGCAGAAAGAUGUCUGUCGGCAUGGAGCCCGGCGUCAACAGUAGGCACCCAUUAAUGCAGCAGCAGCAGCCACCGCCGCCGCCGCCGCCUCAGCAGGCCAGCCUCCUUGCCAGACAAAACUCCUGCCCGCCGGCCAUCCCCAGACAGCCCCAAGUGGAGCCCGCUGCUGCCAACCCAAACCUGCAGGAGAACGGGGUGAUCAUGCCAGGUCAGCACAAUCAGUUUGAGUACCCCAUUCACAGACUGGAGAACAGAAGCAUGCACCCCUACAGUGACCCCAUGUUCAAUAUGCAGCAGCAACAGCAGCAGCCGCCACCGCCGUCCCCUCAGCAGCCCCCCAACCAGAGACUGCAACACUUUGAUGGCCCUUAUUUGAAUAUGGCCAAGAGGCCGCGCUUUGACUUUCCAAGCAACCACAAUGCUGACAAUUGUUCUACCUGGAAUAACAUGCACAACCCGGCGGGCAUGGAAAAUCACUUGUCUCCGUCUGCAUACUCGGGGCUUCCAGGAGAGUUCACCCCCCCUGUGCCGGAGAGUUUCUCACAAGGUCCCCCUCUGCAGCACACCGGCUCCGAGCAGCAGUCUUUGCAGCAACGCCAAAACGCGGCCAUGAUGAUUAAACAAAUGGCUUCAAGGAAUCAACAGCAAAGAAUGAGGCAGCCCAGUCUCCAGCAGCUGGGUCACCAUGGCGAUGUCACUCAAAGCAGCAUGGUGCACGGAGGCCAAGUGGGCAGCCUGCCUCAGCCAAACUUCGACAGGGAAGGCGGGGGAAGGAUGGCCGCUUUUGACUCCCAGAACCCUCACAUGCCCCCAGAGAACACCUGGUUCCCAGGCCCACACCCUCCGGGGGAGAUGCUGCCACGCCGGAUGGGCAGCUCUGGCGUGCCGGGGGAGGCGAGCCCGCACGAGAUGGGCAUACAGCAGAAUGGCUCCAAUAUGCUCUUCCGCUCUGCCGUGAACGGGAUGGGCAUGCAGGAGCCGAUGAGGAUGCCGGGGGACGGACACGUUCAAGGCCUGCACUCUCCGGGCAUGCACUCGCAGUUUGGGCCCAACAUGGGUGGCCUUUCGCAGAUGCAGUCUCCGGGGACGGGGGUAGGACUGCCAGGUGCGGCCUCGGACCGCAGGCCGUCCGACUUCCCCGCACCGCCCGCGGGCUUCUCCUUCGGAGGGGCGAACCGGCCGGCGGCAGCACCCCACAGCAACCCGUCCGGGGUGAGCGCCUCUCCGGGCAACUACCCUCCGCAGUCGGACUUUCAGCCAGGGCAGCGCCCCUCUGUCAGCAAGCUGGGCGCCCUCUCACUGGGCUCCUUCAGCAAGACCACCGCCAAGGACAAUGUGUUUGGGCAAAGUUGCCUGGCCGCCCUUUCCACCGCUUGCCAAAAUAUGAUUGCCAGCCUAGGAGCCCCAAACCUCAACGUUACGUUCAACAAGAAAAGCCAAAAUGAGGGCAAGCGAAAACUGAGUCAGACGGAGCCGGACGGGAGCAGUGCCAGUGCACCAGGGGGUGCUAAUGGUGGCGCAGGGCCCGAGUAUUUCCAGCCCAGCGCGCCCCCAAACAGCCAGAUGGCAGGUACUGGUAGCGGCGCUAAGCCAGCCGGUCCGGGUGGUCCAAGUCAGCCUGCCCCCGGGGAAGCCAACCUCUCCCCAAACUACACUAUGGAUGCUGCUACGGGGAAUGAUGGGAAGCCCCCCACGGGGAGCGGGCGAGGCAGGGGGCGGAGAAAAAGGGACAGCGGCCAUGUGAGCCCCGGAAUUUUUUUUGACAAAUUUUCUGCGGAUAGUGGGAACCCGGGAGUGAGUCCCGGUCAGCAGGGCCCAUCGGCGAGCGUGGGGGAACGGGGCCGGAGCACCCCCCACGACAAGCCCCUGACAUCCCCCUCGUGGGGCAAAGGAAGCGACCUGUUGAUGGGUGACCAGCAGGACCUCAUGUCCUCUUUGGACAGUGGCAUCCAGAGCGUGACGAAAUCGGACACGAGCUCGCCUCAUGUGGACUUCCCGGAUGACGUGAGCACCCAUUAUGGAAACGAGGACGAGGUGUCUUCAAGUUCGGACAAUGUCACGUCUAAGCCGAGCAGGAGCCCCCUGGUCACCGGCUCCCCAAAGAUGCAGAGGGGGGACCACGGACUAAUCGGCGGACAAAAACCCAUGGGGCUUGGCAUGCUCAAUAACUCUACCUCUACGGCGGACAGCUAUGGCCUCAGCAGCACUGGGGCCGGCCAUCCGGGCACACCGGGCAUGGAGCAAGUCCGUACCCCAUCAAGCACAUCAACACAGGACGAGAUUCACCCGCUGGAGAUCCUCCAAGCACAGAUUCAACUUCAGAGGCAGCAAUUUAGCAUAUCGGAGGACCAGCCGCUCGCCAUGAAAAACAAGAAGGCCGAAUGUCCUGCUCAGAAUGGCGACAACGAGCUGGGCAACUGUGGCACGGAUGGCGGCAAAAAUGCCAUGAGCACCAUCGACCUCGACUCUCUGAUGGCAGAGCAACACGCUACCUGGUAUAUACCCAACGAUAAGGCACUGAUGGAAGGCCAAGAGGAGGAGAAGGCCAUGGCACCAUGGGAAAAGACCAAGCCUCCGAAUAACAGCAAAGAAGUCCCAGAGCACCAGAACAAAACGCCCGCCGCUGGCCAGAACGGCAGCCACCUGCAGUGCCUCUCGGUCCACUGUACGGACGACAUCGGCGAGGCCAAGGCCAGGACGCCAGUGCCAACGUGGAGGUCGCUGCACUCGGACAUCUCCAACCGGUUUGGGACCUUUGUGGCCGCGCUCACCUGAUUGAAUGAAUCUCGUCUUUAAAAAAAAAAGGAAAAAAAAAGACGGCGAAUGGAAAAGAGAGACGAGCGAGUGACAAGGGACGGGGGGCCGGCCGGCUCUGGCGUGGCGUGGCGUCUGGACCGGCCACCUCCACGGCCUUUUGUCAUGUUCUUCUCUGAUUUUACUUGGGCGGCGUGCGUCACCAGUGUUGGGGCUCCCCCUUACCGCCCGCCUCAUCUGACGGACACGUGGCGCCUUCCUCCUGCUCAUCGUGGAAGGAGCAGACCGCGCCACUCGACGUCGUCACCGAAGCCCCUUUUCUGUCUUUUGUCUUUGUGGGCCUUGUCUCAUCGCAUCGAGGAGGGUGGCGGGGGGUCCACGAGAGCUCAGGCCGGCGCCCUCCCCGCCCCCCAACGCUGGUGCCCACUACUGUCUCACCGACUCUUUUCUAAGAAGCGACAAACGACGAUCUCGGUAUUGCACAUGUAAGAUAAGAGAAACUUUGCUGUGUGUUAGGCAAUCUUGUACUCUUUGAAGCCCCUUUUGUUGAACUUGCUUUGAAAUGACGGGAUGGAAGGCCGAGGGGGACGUCUGGCUGACCGCCAUUCUUUUUUGUUUUCUUUUUUAAAUAAUCUGUAAAGUGCAGUCUUCUGUAUUCAUGCAUAUUGUAUAUAUCUGUAUAUGUUUUAUUGAGCAACUAAAUAACAAUAAAUAUGAUGUCAAUGGU